AUGCCAGAGGGUCGAAAGAAGAGAGUAGCAAUUAUCGGCGCUGGUGCGGCUGGCAUGUCAUGUGCGGCGACCUUGGCCAAUCACCCCGACAGAUUCGAGGUGACUAUGUUUGAUCCGGAAUCUCAGACUGGUGGCCAGGCGACCUCGAUUUCCAUCGAUGAGAAGAAAUACGGUGCCAGCUGGCUGAACGACGGAGUGCAAGGUGGCUCGGCCAUCUUUCGACAUACGUUUCGCUUCUUCCGUCAGUAUGGCCAUGAACCGCAGAAAGUAAAGCUCCAGGUGGCCUUUGGCAAGGGACGAGACAACUUCUGGACCAACGUGUUCCCGAGUCCGCUGGUGGACCAGCAUUCGAAGGAGAUCAAACGACUAGGCAGCGUGUUGAAGUCGAUCAAGUACCUCAUGCCAAUCCUGGGGGUGAUGCCCGUUAAGGUCAUUCUGAAACUGUUCCGCUUCAGCGACGAUUUUAACAACAAGAUGGUCUUGCCGCUGCUCGCGCUCUUCCUCGGAACCGGGAACCAGACACCCAACGUCUCGAGUGUGCUCCUGGAGCGUCUGUUUGAUGAUCCCCAGAUGAGACUGUGGGAAUAUGACCCAGACACCUUACUCCCCAAUCUGCCUGAAAUGUACACUUUCCCGAACCUGGCGAACUUCUAUCGAGAUUGGGCCAAAGACCUCCGCGCCAAGGGGGUGAAUAUCCGCCUGAACUCAUCGGUGGCAAUCCUGGAGCGUGGCAAGAAUGGCGUGGUUCUCCAGGUGCACCAGAAAACCUCGGAGCAUGAGAGCGCAGCCCCGGCAGGCCCUCCAGAAGUCUUUGACGAGAUGGUCCUUUGCUGCCCCGCCGAUGAAGCCAAGAAGAUGUUAGACCGCAACGCUACCUGGCGUGAAAAGUACGUCCUUGGCGGCGUCAAGUUUUUCAACGAUAUCACCAUCACCCACUCCGAUUCGGAUUAUUUCCAAAGUAUUUUCGAGGCCAAGUAUAACCCUUCCUUAACAGCGGAACCCUCAACGCGGGAACGCAAGGACCAGAUUAGUUUUGCUGAACAGUCGCGCCGAUGCGAGAAGGAUGGUUGGCAGGGGUUCAGCCCCAUGUAUUUCAUUCACGGGUACAAGUCGGAUCCGGACAAGAUCGAGAUGGGCUUCGAUUGUACGCAUUACCAGCAUCAAUUCCGUGAGAAUCUCGGCGAAGGCAGCGAGCCUCGUCCACUGGAAGAACACGUCUUUCAAACUAUUUUCUUGAAUGAUCAACAGAAGCAUCUAUGGACCUGGAACGAUAUCGAUCCGUCCAAGAUCAUCGCGCGCAAGUGGUGGCACCAAUUCGGACACAGGUGGCAGCACUACCUCCGAGUUGUACCGGGGAUGAUGUUCAUCAAUGGGCAAAAUCAUACCUUGUAUGCUGGCAGUUGGACCAUGGUGAACAUGCAUGAAAUCGCCUGCAUUUCUGGUAUCGCAGCGGCGUAUCAGCUGGGCGCCACCUACGAACCAUUUGACGACUUUGCCGAGGACUUUUUCUCAAAGUACUUGCUUGUCUGCCACGGUACCCGAUACAAGCGAGGGAAGAACAAGCAGACAUAA